AUGCAGCGGCAGCCCGCACGCGCUGUGCGCACCCCCUGUGCAGGUCUGGCCCUAGCCCUCCUGUGCACGGGCCCCUGGCUCGCUGCCGCCCUUGCCCCGUGGGGACAUGAAGCUCAGUGCGAAGUGUGUAAAGGAUUUUUGGACAGUUUUUACAACUCAUUAAAAGAAAAACAUUCUGACUUCACCGUGGCCACCAUAGAGAAAGAACUGGUUAACAGCUGCCUGGAUACAAAAGGAAAAGAACACCGCUUGUGCUAUUACAUUGGGGCAACAAGCGAUGCAGCCACGAAGAUCAUCAGCGCCGUCAGCCGCCCAAUGAGUGCUCAUGUGCCUGUGUCGAAGAUAUGCGAGAAACUGAAGAAGAAUGACAUUCAGAUCUGUGAGCUCAAAUAUGAAAGGAAACUGGACUUAAACUCGGUGGAUCUCUCCAAGAUGAGAGUGGCUGAACUGAGGAAGAUCCUGGAUAGCUGGGGAGAAGUGUGCAGAGCAUGCAUAGAGAAAACAGACUUUGUGAACUUGAUUAAGGAGCUGGCACCUAAGUAUACGCUUACAAACCCCAAAUCAGACCUUUGA